GUACAAAGAUGGCGGCCGCGCCGGUGCUGUCAUCUCAGUGCCGAGCCGAGCGCGGCUCUUGAGUCGCGCUGCCACAGGCCGCGGCCUGCUCGCCUCCGCGGCUUCGUCGCGGCCCCCGAGUCCCCCGCUGUCCCCCCUGCGCGUCCCUGGCGCCUCUCCGGCUUCCCCGCCCUCGGCCCGGGCGUCAUGUCUUGGGCCACUCGUCCGCCCUUCCUCCCGCCGCGGCAUGCCGCGGGGCAGUGUGGGCCGGUGGGGGUGAGAAAAGAGAUGCAUUGUGGGGUCGCGUCCCGGUGGCGGCGGCGGCGGCCCUGGCUGGAUCCCGCGGCGGCGGCGGCGGCGGCCGGAGAGCAGCAAGCCCUGGAGCCGGAGCCGGGGGAGGCUGGCCGGGACGGGAUGGGCGACAGCGGGCGGGAUUCCCGAAGCCCAGACAGCUCCUCCCCAAAUCCCCUUUCUCAGGGGAUCCGUCCGUCUUCUCCUCCUGGCCCACCUCUUACCCCUUCAGCACCUCCACCUCCAAUGCCACCCCCGCCACUGGGCUCCCCCUUCCCAGUCAUCAGUUCUUCCAUGGGGUCCCCUGGUCUGCCCCCUCCGGCUCCCCCAGGAUUCUCCGGGCCUGUCAGCAGCCCUCAGAUCAACUCCACAGUGUCGCUCCCUGGGGGUGGGUCUGGCCCCCCUGAAGAUGUGAAGCCACCGGUCUUAGGGGUCCGGGGCCUGCACUGUCCACCCCCUCCAGGUGGUCCUGGGGCUGGCAAACGGCUCUGUGCAAUCUGCGGGGACCGAAGCUCAGGCAAGCACUAUGGGGUUUACAGCUGCGAGGGCUGCAAGGGUUUCUUCAAGCGCACCAUUCGGAAGGACCUGACCUACUCGUGUCGUGAUAACAAAGACUGUACAGUGGACAAGCGCCAGCGGAAUCGCUGUCAGUACUGUCGCUAUCAGAAGUGCCUGGCCACUGGCAUGAAAAGGGAGGCGGUUCAGGAGGAGCGUCAACGGGGGAAGGACAAAGACGGGGAUGGAGAUGGGGCUGGGGGAGCCCCUGAGGAGAUGCCUGUGGACAGGAUCCUGGAGGCAGAGCUUGCUGUGGAGCAGAAGAGUGACCAAGGCGUUGAGGGUCCUGGGGCCACCGGGGGUGGUGGCAGCAGCCCAAAUGACCCAGUGACUAACAUCUGCCAGGCAGCUGACAAACAGCUGUUCACACUCGUUGAGUGGGCAAAGAGGAUCCCGCACUUCUCCUCCCUACCUCUGGACGAUCAGGUCAUACUGCUGCGGGCAGGCUGGAACGAGCUCCUCAUUGCGUCCUUCUCCCAUCGGUCCAUUGAUGUCCGAGAUGGCAUCCUCCUGGCCACGGGUCUUCAUGUGCACAGAAACUCAGCCCAUUCCGCAGGCGUGGGAGCCAUCUUUGAUCGGUCCCUCUCCAGGGUGCUGACAGAGCUAGUGUCCAAAAUGCGUGACAUGAGGAUGGACAAGACAGAGCUUGGCUGCCUGCGGGCAAUCAUACUGUUUAAUCCAGACGCCAAGGGCCUCUCCAACCCUGGAGAGGUGGAGAUCCUUCGGGAGAAGGUGUACGCCUCACUGGAGACCUAUUGCAAGCAGAAGUACCCUGAGCAGCAGGGCCGGUUUGCCAAGCUGCUGUUACGUCUUCCUGCCCUCCGCUCCAUCGGCCUCAAGUGUCUGGAGCACCUGUUCUUCUUCAAGCUCAUUGGCGACACCCCCAUUGACACCUUCCUCAUGGAGAUGCUUGAGGCUCCCCACCAGCUAGCCUGAGCCCAGAUGCACACCGAGUGUCACUGAGGAGGACUUGAGCCUGGGCAGGGGGCAGAGCCAUGGGACAGGUGCAGAGCAGGAGGGGACUUGCCCAGCCUGCCAGGGAUCUGGCAACACUUAGCAGGGUUCGUUUGGUCUCCAAGUCAGAGGGGACCCCAGAUCCCUGUGAGGACUAUAUGUCUACCUUCAGUGGCCUUGAGUCUCUGAAUUUGUCGGGGUCUCCCAUGGUGCAGGUGAUUCUUCAUCCUGGCUCCCCAGCACAAAGCACUGCCCUGCUUCCUUCUCAUUUGGCCUCACUCCCUUCUGAAGAGUGGAACAGAGCUCCCCCAGAAAGGGGUGUUGUGGGGCAGGCCCCCCAAGCUGAUGAUCAUGGGAGCAGGGCUCUGACAGCCUUUAUCCUCUCAGACUUGACAGAUGGGGCAGAGGAGGGACCUGCCUCUGACUCCUGUCAGCCCCAUUUCCACAGUCCCUCCUGCAGUCAGACUGAAGAAUAAAGGGGUAGUGAAGGGGCUGCUGGAGGUGGAGGAACCCAUUGCUCUUUUAAUUUCCUGUGAGGAGAGACUGGGAGUUAGACUCAAAGAAGUACUGUACAUCCCCAGGUUGACUUAAAUGUCAGGGCUGGAGAUGGCAUGUGGGCAAGGAGGCCCCUCAGGUGGGCUGUCCCAAAGCUCCCUGGGCUCUGCCUCGGGUGGCCCUACAGCUCUUCCCUAGUCCUCAGCACAGCUAGGCUGGGAGCAAGUGGGGACAUUGAUGGGGGUGGCCAGCCUGCAGAGUUGGGUGCUGGGCUGCAUGGUUUUUGCCCUGGACCUCUUUUGGGGGUUCCCUCCCAUCUUUCACUUGCACAUAAAGUUGCUUUCCAGUUAAAAUAGCCA